AUGCGCGGCAAAAAGACCGAGCCUGAACCAGAGUCUGAACCUCAAACCAAUAUCCCACAAGGCGUAGACAUCGACCAAGACGUCGAAGACGUCAAAAACCAACUCCCCCCUCUACCCCCAAACCUGCCCACCCGCCACAAGGACUUUGUACACUGCGUACCGCCCGAAGCGCCUACAUACCGCAAAUUCAGCGUCUUCACCGCCGGCAGCAUAGAAAUGGGCAAUGCCGUCCAGUGGCAAAAGCACAUGGUCAAACUGCUCUCCCACCUCCCCAUCACAGUCUGCAACCCGCGCCGCGGCCAUUGGAACCCGCACAUUACGCCGCAGGCCCGCGACAAGGACUUCAAAGACCAGGUCGACUGGGAGCUCGCUGCACUCGAGCAGGUCGAUGUCAUUUGCUUCUUCUUUGACGUCACGACAAAGAGUCCCGUGUCGCUGCUUGAAUUGGGUCUGUGGGCUGGCUCCGGGAAAGUGGUCGUGUGCUGUGGCGAAGGGUACUGGAAGGGCGGCAAUGUGGAGCUGACGUGUGAGCGCUACGAUAUUCCCCUGGUCAAGUCGUUUGAGGAGCUAGUGCCGGCGGUGGAGAAGAUGCUGGUUGAGAAGGGUAUGGUGCUUGAUGCUAAUGGUGAUUUGGUGGGGGAGAACGUGCACGUUGACAAGGAGAAGCCGAAGAAGAAGGCGCAGCUUGAGGCUGAGAAGGAGGAUUUGCAGAAGCAGAUUGAUGCGCUUCAGGCACAGCUGGCCGAGUCGAAGCUGUGA